AUGGCUUUGAUUGAAAAUCAUCCUCAUCAAGUAUCGAUCCGUUAUCCAACGAUAGAUCAUCAUCUUUGCGGAGGAACUAUAAUUCACAAAAAUUUAAUAAUAACAACAUCAAGCUGUGUAUCAUCAGACACAAAAAUAUUUUAUUCAAACAUAAAAAUAUUAAUUGGUACAAGUGAUGGAUUGGAUCUUCAUGCCAGUCGUAUUUACGAAUUGACUAAAAAUAUUGAAUAUUCACGAUUAAUUUAUCCGGCUUUCUUGCCAUCACAGGAUCAAAGAAAAAUUAUUUUUUGGGUCACAGGUUGGGGAAUAGAUCAAGAGGUCAAUCAUCCAGAUGGAAUUUAUAAUAGUUGUCGUUAUCUUAAAAAACUUGAACUUAAAUGGAUGACACGUGGAAGAUGUCAAGCGUAUUAUCAUCAACUUCAUGAACAUCAAAUGUGUUCAAUAGGAAAAUCAAUAACUUCAUAUAUAACUGAGGGAGAUGCUGGAAGUCCAGUUGAAUCGUAUCAGUCAUUCCGUAUGUUGAUUGGACCUUGGAAAUAA